AGAUAACCAGCGCGCUAUGUCCGGCUUGUGGAGCUUCCGCGAGCCAAGCUUUGCCGUCGGCACCACCGGUGGGCCACAAAGCACGCGUCGUCCAACGCACGCUGUCACUGAGGUGCUUCCGGUAGGGGUGGAAUACAAAAAGUCUUUACUUCCACGCACGAGUCAAGCAGCACAGACGCUGGCAGCUGCAACGAGCGCUUCGGGAAAAGGUGAGAUGGUUGCCGACUUGCCCAAUUUAACUCCCGUCAGCAGCCGUGGUAGGCAAGAGGAAGAGGACAGUAGCGAUCAAGCAGACUUUUAUGACCUCCCGUGCGCACGCUGCGCCGAUGUGAACGACUCGACAGGAGCCACCUUCGCGCAUCCAGACAACAACAAGUCUGUUGCGGAUCUGGUGGGCCGGGACGAGGCUAUUAGCGAGGUGCAGCGCGGUUGGUGGCGCGCGCUCAACAUCGACGUGCGUCCUGCGGUCAACCUUCCUUCUUCCGCGCACGCUCCUGAGAAGGCGAGUGCCGUGGAUGAAGCGACACUGCAGACGGCCCACCUGCUGUUGGCCCGCGUUGCCUCUUCAGACAACUACUCCCCUUCUGCCGCUUCGUCCAUCGCGUGCGCCACCCCAGUCGGAAAACGCAACGCCACGCACACGUCAGCAAGCGGCACACGAAAAGGCGAUGCAUCGCGCCUCCAAAGGAGUGAAGCGCGAAGGGGCGUCUGCCAAGCUCAACGAUCCAAGGCCAGCUCCUCGGGGAUUGACGCAUCACCCGCGACCGGUUCACUUGGGUCACCUUUGCGGACAGGCCGCGGCGCGCAACAACAGGAGCGGCCCGCCAACAUCACGACAGCCUCAACGUCCCAUCUAACGAACGAUACUACGCGUUCCGUUGGAGGGUGCAACAUAAUUCAUGGCGAAGGACCGUGUCGUACACGUGCGGCUUUGCCUUUUCAAAUGACGAGUGCUGUGUGUGAAGAACCGCGUCCCGAGCUCCCUCGCGCACCCUUUCCUGCCGAAGGUGAAGAGGUCAAAAAGGCAACAGAGACGCUUUUUACUGGUGCGUAUGCCGGUUGUCUUAUCGAGCCUCGUGUGGGUCUUGGAGUACCACCCCAGUGUUUGCAACGAACACUGCGCCGAGUUCACCCCACAGCACCGUGCGCAGAUGAACAGACGUGCCAGGAGAAGGAUGCCCGAGUGGUGCUCCGGCAUUACUAUGCUUUGUGGCUCACCGCGACCGAGGAGCGUCAUAUGCAGCGCUGUGCAGCGUCGUAUCACGACUACCUGCUGCAGUGCGUCCGUGAUGCACUCAGUUAG